UCUCCAGCACCGGCUACUUGGCCACCGCUCGCUCGCCAGGUCCCGCCAGCACCGGCCUCUGUCCGCCGCCCCUGCUCCAUGAUGCCUGAGCUCCCCGCGGCCUGCGCCUGGCCGCUUCUGCUCCUGCUGGCCAUCCAGCCGGGGACGACGGCGGGCGCCCCCCAGCCAUGGCACUGCGCGCCCUGCUCCGCGGAGAAGCUCGCGCUUUGCCCUCCGGUACCCGACUCGUGCGCUGAGGCCGCCCCGCCCGCCAGCUGCGGCUGCUGCCCGAUGUGCGCCCUGCCACAGGGCGCCGCCUGCGGGGUGGUCACUGCGCGCUGCGCCACGGGCCUCAGCUGCCGAGCGCGGCCAGACGAGCCCCGGCCGCUGCACGCGCUCAUCCGAGGCCAAGGCGUCUGCGGGCCCAGCGAUCCCGAAGCAGAUGCCAAGGAGUCGUCGGAGAGCUCUGAGAUCACCCAGGAGCAGCUCCUGGAGAAUUUCCAUCUGAUGGCGCCGUCUGAGGAGGACACGCCCGUCCUCUGGAACACAGUCAGUACCUAUAAGACCAUGAGGUCUGGGUAUGCCUCGGACACAGACUCCGACAAGUUGAAGGAGCCGUGCCGGCGAGAGCUCCACAGGAUACUGGCACAACUGGCCGAGGAACACCAGUCGCCCAGACACCUUAACAAUUUCUACCUGCCCAACUGCAACAAGAACGGGUUCUAUCACAGCAGACAGUGCCGGACCGCCACGGACGGCCAGCGGGGACUCUGCUGGUGUGUCUAUCCCUGGAGCGGGGAGAGGAUCCCGGGGUCUGUGGAGGUCAGAGGCGACCCCAACUGCAAUCAGUAUUUUGCCGUGCACAGCUGAGAGCACGUCCUCUCCUCCGUCCCUUCACAGGAAAUAUUUAAGUACAUAGCGUAUUUAUAGUCUGGAAAUCAUACACACUUGUCUAUAUAUAUGUAUAUGUGUGGGAACCACUUUUAUACGCCGCCUGCUGGUGGACACGUAAAUCUGUAGCUUAUUUAUUCACUGUACAUGUUAUUUUUCUGACACAGCCUGUGUGCUGUGUUUUUCUGUAAAUCAUGAAACCUGUCACGUCGCACCGGGUGUAAAUACUUGAUUUGUAGCUCCUCGAAGCUCCCUGUUUCCGGUUCUAAAGAGCAGUGGGCAAUAAAGCCUGGAAAAUGCAAACCUGAAA